AUGUUAUUCUUACCAACACCAACACCCAAUACCAUAAAAUCACUUGUUAUAUCUUAUGUUUAUACGGUUGGCUUGCUUGUAACUGUAGAAGUAUAUCAAAGAAAAUUCAAUGCACCAUUAUACAUUUCACGUAAAAUAAUUCAUAUUGGCGCUGGAGCUUAUUUGUUUUUUCUUUUGCAUUUGUUUGAACAAUGGGAGUAUGUGGUACUCUUGCCCGCUAGUUUUGUACCGCUUAACUAUAUAUCCUAUAGGAUAAGACUAUUCAAAUCUAUGGAUCCUCAAACUGGCGCAACUUUAGGUACCUUGUACUUUCCAUUUUCAUGUGCACUGUUAUUUGGAUAUUAUCAUGAAGGUUGGGAAAAUGGUUUCCCUCGAGGACGUGAAUAUAUUGCAAUAGCUGGUAUCAUGGCAAUGACUUUUGGUGAUGCAUUUGCAAGUAUUAUUGGAAAACGUUAUGGGAAGAGGUAUUAUCAUGUGGUGACAGCUCGUUCCGAACGUCGUACCAUUGAAGGAUCUCUAGCAAAUUUUGUCGCUACUGCGAUUGCAAUUCUGUUCUUUUGGUCGAUAAUGUCACCACCAACACUACUAAAUUCCACGUGGAAUUAUAUCACCGGAGCAUUGAUUGGAGCAACAGCGAGCACAUUGUUGGAAGCAAUUAGUCCAAUGGGAACUGAUAACAUCAGUGUUCCAUUAGGUGUCAGUUUUAUCUUGUCAAUUCUAAAUUAUUAG